GCCGCGCCCCCCGGCCUGUGCUCGUCUCCCUCGCGUGACGCCACCACCCCAUUGGCGAGAUAGGGGCACACCAGACAUGCCGGCGUGGCUGCUCACGUGUUCCCUCCCAGCGCGCUCGCCGGCCGGGGCAAGCCGCGCGGGGUGUCGCUUCCACAGUUCCGCCUCCGAGUUCCGAGUAGACGCCAGCCGCUAUUUAUUCAACUCCCCCCGCAGCCGCAACCCCAAGCCCACGCUUCCGUACUCACCCACCUCCCCCGCGCUUCGCCGAGAUCGCUCACGCCUUCGGGUUCAAGCAACUCCACCGCCCAGCGCACCCGCCGGAGCAAUGGGGAGCACGGCGCGCGAGGCGGAGGUGGCCCGCGCCGACUUCCCCGACGGCUUCGUCUUCGGCGUCGCCACCUCCGCGUACCAGAUUGAGGGAGCAAGAAGGGAGGGAGGCAAAGGAGACAGCAUAUGGGAUGUCUUCACAGAAGACAAAGAACGUGUCUUAGAUAGAAGCAAUGGAGAUAUUGCAGUUGAUCAUUACCAUCGAUACAAGGAAGACAUUGAGCUCAUGGCAAGUUUAGGUUUUGGCGCGUACAGAUUUUCUAUAUCUUGGGCUCGUAUAUUUCCUGAUGGCUUGGGGGAAAAGGUCAAUGAGCAAGGAGUUGCCUUCUAUAAUGACCUUAUAAACUUUAUGAUUGCAAAAGGAAUUGAGCCUUAUGCAACUCUGUAUCACUGGGAUCUUCCAAACAAUCUUCAAAAGACUCUGGGUGGCUGGAUUUCUGAAAAGAUUGUGGAUUACUUUGCAUUGUAUGCAGAAGCUUGCUUUGCAAAUUUUGGAGACAGAGUAAAGCGUUGGAUAACAAUCAAUGAGCCUCUCCAAACUGCAGUUAAUGGUUAUGGUAUUGGAGUUUUUGCACCUGGAGGAUGCGAGGGUGAAAUUGCUAGAUGUUACUUGGCUGCCCAUCACCAAAUCUUGGCUCAUGCUGCUGCUGUUGAUGUUUACAGAAGAAAAUUCAAGGCUGCACAAGGUGGUGAAGUAGGCCUGGUCGUUGAUUGUGAAUGGGCAGAACCAUUUUCGGAGAAAGCGGAAGACCAAAUUGCUGCACAACGGAGGAUUGACUUUCAACUUGGAUGGUACCUAGACCCAAUAUAUUUCGGUGAUUACCCAGAAAGCAUGCGUGAGCGGCUGGGCAGUGAUCUUCCAACCUUCUCAGAGAAAGAUAAAAAAUUCAUCAGGAACAAAAUUGAUUUUGUUGGAAUAAACCAUUAUACUUCGAGACUCAUUGCCCAUCAUCAGAAUCCAGAAGAUAUUUAUUUCUAUCAAGUACAGCAAGUGGAGAGAAUAGAAAAAUGGAAUACUGGUGAAAAGAUUGGUGAAAGGGCUGCAUCUGAAUGGCUUUUCAUAGUUCCUUGGGGCCUUCAUAAAUUACUUAAUUAUGUAGCAAAGAAAUAUGAUAAUCCAGCAAUUUAUGUUACUGAGAAUGGCAUGGAUGAGGAAGAUGAUCAGUCCGCAACACUAGAGCAGGUUUUAAAUGACACAACGAGAGUCGGUUACUUCAAAGGAUACCUCGCUUCAGUUGCACAAGCAAUCAAGGACGGAGUUGAUGUUCGUGGAUACUUCGCGUGGUCAUUCUUGGACAACUUUGAGUGGGCUAUGGGCUACACAAAGAGGUUUGGCAUUGUUUAUGUGGAUUACAAGAAUGGGCUCUCCAGGCACCCCAAAGCAUCGGCCCUGUGGUUCUCACGCUUCCUGAAGGGUGAGGCUGCCGAAAACAAAGCUGAUACAAACUGAGCAAACAGCCCGUGGCAAUUAAAGGAACAUUACACAUAUAGUCAGUACAUGUUUCUGCUGUUGUUGUACCUUACAGUGACAGCCACUGCCACUGUAUGUAUCCGUCAUAAUAAUCGCAGAUGCGCUGUGUAGCCUGUCAUUGGUCGAACACCAGUACAAAUGUAGCCUCGAAGGUUCAGAACUUGUCAUCUGAGCACCCCAUGCGUUCGGUAUUGCUGUGCUGUAAUUGUUGUAUCAUUGAUUUGCAAGGUUGUAUUGCCAGUUCCAAAAUUCAUCUGUAUUUCAUA